UGUCAGGGACGUACGCAGGUAAAGGCAGAGUCACGGCUUAAACACUGCACUAAGAAGCUUAAUCUGCCCUCUCUGACUGAAUCCUCCUCACUAACUCGCUUUAGGUCCUCGGAGACAAAUACCUGCUGAACGGAGAGAAAACUAAGUCUCUGGUGAGGAGUGUGUGUGUGUGAUCACCUGCAGCCAUGUGUGACCAGACGUUCGUGGUGGCGACCUUUGGCCCCUGUGACAGCUGUGGGAUCGCCAGCCCCCUGAUGAACAUCUACAUCCAGAAUGAGCCCGUCACCUACUGCUCUCUGUGUGUGGAAAUGAUGGCUUGUCAGGGGCUCCAGAAGGGGGAGACCCUGCAGACGCUGAAGCAGGAGAGCGAGAGUCUGAAGAAGAAGCUGGAAGAGGAGCGGAACAAGCUGAACGACGUGGAGCUGCACCAGCUGGCUGAGAAGGUGGAGGUGGUCGGUGCUCUCUCCAUUAAGACCAGGCGUUUGCUCAAGGGCCAUGAGAACAAGGUGCUGUGCAUGGACUGGUGCAAGGACAAGCGGCGCCUCGUCAGCUCCUCGCAGGACGGAAAGGUCAUCGUCUGGGACGCGUUCACGCUCAACAAGGAGCACGGGGUGACGCUUCCAUGCACGUGGGUCAUGGCCUGCGCCUACGCGCCCUCUGGCUGUGCUGUGGCCUGUGGUGGAUUGGACAACAAGUGCUGUGUGAUCCCACUGUCGCUGGACAGAAGCGAAAACCUGGCUGCUAAGAAGAAGUCGGUGGCCAUGCACACCAACUAUGUGUCAGGAUGUACCUUCACCAACUCUGACAUGCAGCUCCUCACCUCCAGCGGCGACGGCUCCUGUGCCUUGUGGGACGUGGAGAGUGGGCAGCUGCUGCAGAGCUUCCACGGUCACACGGCCGACGUGCUGUCGCUGGACCUGGCCCCGUCUGAGACCGGGAACACGUUCGUGUCGGGGGGUUGUGAUAAGAAGUCCUGCGUGUGGGACAUGCGCUCAGGACAGAACAUCCAGUCUUUCGAGAGCCACGAGUCCGACAUCAACUGUGUGAAGUACUACCCCAGCGGGGACGCGUUCGCCUCCGCUUCUGAUGACGCCACGUGCCGCUUCUACGACCUGCGCGCCGACCGUGAAGUGGCCGUGUACCAGAAGGACAGCGUCAUAUUCGGCGCUUCCACUGUGGACUUUUCUCUCAGCGGCCGCCUGCUCUUUGCUGGUUACAAUGAUUACACUAUCAACGUGUGGGACGUUCUGAAGGGAACUCGACUUUCCAUCCUGUUCGGCCACGAGAACCGCGUCAGCAGAGUGCGCGUGUCCCCCGACGGCACGGCCAUGUGCUCGGCCUCGUGGGACCACACCUUACGGGUGAGCCGGGCAUCAUCAUCAUCAUCACCAUCAUUAUUAUGUUUAUUUUUAUUUAUUUUUUUAUUAUUAUUUUUUAUAUUAUAAGUGUUUGUGGGUUUUCACGCUGCUUCUCUCCUGCAGAUUUGGGCCUAGCUUUUCCCUGCAGGCGACGAUGCAGCAACACCAGCAUUAUGCAGCUGCCAUAAUGGAAUCCGCACCCAAUGCAGGAGAGCGCUCAUACGAAACACAAGCAAAAACCACAGUGUCUCCUCUAAAAUGCAAUAUGUCCUUCUAUAGUAAUUAUUAGAUGAAUUUUUCUCUAAACACAUUUAUUGUUUCUAGCUUGGUGAAUAACACUGUAAUAUAAUGUUGCGCUGUAAUAACCCGUAGACACCAGGUGUGUGUCUGCAGACCCACAGACAACACACCUGCACCUGUUCUUUGUGUUACUUGUGUUCAGGCACUGCAAAGAUUUUACCUUAACCUCAUACACUGUAUUUGUUAACCUCCACAGUUUAGGUGAAGUUAUCGUGAGAUAAAUAAAAACGUUUUUAAAUGUUU